GCGAGACAGACUUGUGCCACAUUGCCCAGGUCUGCCAAACAUGGAGGUUGAUCGCGUAUGAUAGUUCACUGUGGAAGUCAGUGAAUCUUAAACGGUUUCAUAAACUCAAUGAAAUGUGCCUUAUCAAGGUAAUUCGCUCUCGGAUGGUGCCAAUGCUAUACAAGCUUAACCUAGGAGGGUUUACGUUGUCGCCAAGAGUUUUUCACGUUCUAGUGGAGAAUUGUCCUAAACUAAGAGUGCUCUGUUUAGAGUCCACAACAUUUGUUGAAGACUUCACGGGGAAGGUGAGUAGUAAGGGGUAGAAAGACAAAAAGAAAGAAUAACGAAAAAGAAAAAAAGACAGUGUCAAUUUUGCCCUCGCAACGAGUGGUUGAAUGACGGAGGAACAACACGGCGGAUAAGAGGUUGACAACUCAAACUUAGGAUGUGUAUUGGUCCGGAUUCAUGUCUUGUUCUUGCGUUGUUUCCUUAGACAAGAACUUUGACUCUUUUCACUCGGAACAGGUGCAUGUAUGGGUACCGGCGACACACCACACUGCUGGGGGUAACCCUGUUACGGAGGGGGAGGAAGGGGGAAGGAGAGGGGUGGGGGAGGGGGCAGCAAUGCAGCAAUAUACCAAUACACCUUGGUCUUUCAUGCUACUGAAACCGAGAUAAGCUUCCCACCGUGCAGGCCUCGAUAGCUCAAGUGCGCUUUUACCAAAGAGGUAAUAUCGGACGUGACAGCACAAAAAAGAUGCACUUUGGUGUCGCUUCAGCCCUUGUUUGUUCCCACCUCGCCCACCCAGACCAGUCACGGCACAAGUGAGAUAAACCAUGACACCGGGGUUUUCAACCCUCUCACUUUUCGAACAACGUCAGGGGUCCUUUUACGUCCCCUCCUACCUGACACGUAAGGAUGAUAUUUCAUUUCAACGACAAAAAUGAGAAAUUCGCUAAUGUUAAUUAUAAUUUGUUUGUCUCAGUUUGGUUCUAUAAAUAGCAACUGUGUACAGCGACAUUUACAAACAUCACAGCGACAAUGAUCUUACAGGUAUUUCUUUAAAAAAGAAAACAACAACAGCGAUCGUAGUUGAUUGUCGCCUGGCUUUCACCACGCAACCUCCCGCUCAGCAGGCCAGUAACGCGCUUUAUUUGCUGUUAAUUUCUAGCUCAUGUAUUGGAUCAUCACGAAUGACUAGAAGAGAGUUACCGUGUAGCAUGAAAAUUUUGCGGGAGUUUUAUUCAGCGGAUUGGCGAUUUUUUGUGGUUUGCGGGAACAAAUGAUGACUGAAAUUUCUGGUGGGAACUAAUUUUUGCGAUUCUCUGUUCAAGUAGCAGAAUAUUUAAGUGGAAGAAACCUUAAUAUGGUAUAAUUAACUUUUAUUUUAAGGUAUGUUGAGUCAAAGUUCACUCUACUUACAUAUUUAAUAGAGAAUAAUACGGUAAUCACUGUAAUAUCUUACUCCACAAAGGGACUGAACAACAGCAAAACAAAACAAAGGCCUAUCUCUAACAUACACAACUAGUCCAUUAAAAGCAGAGUUUUUAAUUUGACUGAAGGGAGUUAAUUUUUGCAGCGUUUUAUUUUUUCUGCGGGAACUAAUUUUUGCGGAUAGAGGUCAAUCCGCAAAAUUCGCAAAAAUCUGAACCUGCAAAAUUUUCAUGCUACACGGUAGGACAAGACAAUUUGUAUGCUAUUUGUAUUUGUUCUAGGAGACAUCGUUCCCGGACAACCUUUCAAAAUUGGAUAUACGCCACAGCUCUGGACACCCAUGCGCCUUUAGAGUCAUGUCCCAACGUCUACAAACAGUAAAGUGCCUUGGGGUUAGUGAUCCAUUAUUUGAGAGCCUAGAGUUGGAAGUGGAAAAACGACGGGUUUUUGUCACGCUGCAAGCUGUGAGAAUACUUGAGUUCAGUUACUGUUCUUCACUUACAGAUCAAAUGGUGCGUUACAUCGCAGAACACUGCAGGUAAAGAAUUUGGGAUGAACGAGAACAUUUUCCCCAUCACUACUCAACAUUUUGGAUGAGAACAGAGAUUUGGCUGCCAUUAACAAUUAACUGAAGGCGAGAUGUUUAAGUCAGUCAGACGAAAACGAGAUGUAACGUUAAUAAACAGCGAGAAGCUAUUUCCUUUCUCUCUGCUGCUGCGUUAUAAGUAAUCUGAAAACUAGGUCUAAGCGUGAAAACUUGCUCAAUUUGCGCAGUUUUAAGCCUGUGUAAUAGGAGAGGUCAUUGCAAGACAGGCAUUGUUUAAUACGAAUCUUGAAAAAUCUUAUUCACAGGAAUCUUAAAUCACUCUGUCUCCGAAGAUGCAACAACAUUCAGGGUGAGAGCCUUNCAAUCCGCAAAAUUCGCAAAAAUCUGAACCUGCAAAAUUUUCAUGCUACACGGUAGGACAAGACAAUUUGUAUGCUAUUUGUAUUUGUUCUAGGAGACAUCGUUCCCGGACAACCUUUCAAAAUUGGAUAUACGCCACAGCUCUGGACACCCAUGCGCCUUUAGAGUCAUGUCCCAACGUCUACAAACAGUAAAGUGCCUUGGGGUUAGUGAUCCAUUAUUUGAGAGCCUAGAGUUGGAAGUGGAAAAACGACGGGUUUUUGUCACGCUGCAAGCUGUGAGAAUACUUGAGUUCAGUUACUGUUCUUCACUUACAGAUCAAAUGGUGCGUUACAUCGCAGAACACUGCAGGUAAAGAAUUUGGGAUGAACGAGAACAUUUUCCCCAUCACUACUCAACAUUUUGGAUGAGAACAGAGAUUUGGCUGCCAUUAACAAUUAACUGAAGGCGAGAUGUUUAAGUCAGUCAGACGAAAACGAGAUGUAACGUUAAUAAACAGCGAGAAGCUAUUUCCUUUCUCUCUGCUGCUGCGUUAUAAGUAAUCUGAAAACUAGGUCUAAGCGUGAAAACUUGCUCAAUUUGCGCAGUUUUAAGCCUGUGUAAUAGGAGAGGUCAUUGCAAGACAGGCAUUGUUUAAUACGAAUCUUGAAAAAUCUUAUUCACAGGAAUCUUAAAUCACUCUGUCUCCGAAGAUGCAACAACAUUCAGGGUGAGAGCCUUCCGAAGCUAAUCGAUAACUGCUCGUCACUGACGUCACUGGUGCUCGAUGGCACUAAUGUUUCGGACAACGCUGUUAUGUCCGUUCGCUGGGAGAAGUCGGUAAUUUCAGAAGUAGACUUAUCUUGGUGCAGACACCUGACUGAAAAUGGUUUAAAAUUCAUGUUACCACGCUGUCGGUUUCUCCGUUAUCUGCGACUCUGCUGUUGUGGGUAGGUUGGGGGUACAAUCAAGUAACUAAUCUAGUAAUGGUUUAAUUUAUGCCACCUCUAGAUCAUCAAAACCAUGAAGCUACAACUGCAUUGAACUGUACUGGCAUGUAAUUGUGGACAACGCGCUGUAGCCUCUGGCCCUGGUGGGUCACAACCCUUUGGGAGGGAGAGUAGCACAAAGGCAUACUUGUGACGGAGACUUGCAAAGACUCUUAUGGGGGGCAGGGUCCAUGAAGCUAUGGGGCUGGCUGGGCUAUAGCCAAACAGGGGAUCCUCCUGAAUAAGCUAUAGCGCCUUUAGGUAGUCGUUGAGCUUGCGCGUAGCGUAAGAGGGCCCCAACAAUCCAAAAUGUGCUUCAAGGUCUCUGUAUGGGCCCUCUGCAACGUGAACCUUCGACGAUGGUAUUGUUUACCGUAAAAUUCCGAAAAUAAGUCCCUUCAUGUAUAAGCCCCUCCAAAUAUAAGCCCCCCAAACCGGUAACGCAAAAACCCUCCGUUAAAUCGCCCCUCCAAAUAUAAACCCCGGGGGGCUUGUACUUGAAAAAUUGCCUCAAAUACAAAGUAAAACAAAGCAAAAACGGUAAAUUUACUUCCAAAUAUAAGGCUAGCCCAAUCGAUUUUAAAACGCAAAUUUCCCUCCGUAGAUAAGCCCCUCCGAAUAUAAGCCCCUCCAAAAAUAAGUCCCUCGAAGAGGGCCUUCGAAAAAUAUAAGCCCUGGGGCUUAUUUUCGGAAUUUUACGGUAUUUUAACAGUUUUGAAGUCUCGAGUACGACUAGAAUCCUAAAGCAUUCUGCACCGCUAACUGCGUUUACACUGAAAAUGACCUUUUUGGUAGGGCCUUGAAAAACAAAAAAAAGUGAUUGGCCAGAGACAACUGUAACAACAACAGCUACUCUAUUCCAAAUAGGUAUGGUCACGCAAUCACAGACGAUGUCCUGAAUGCGAUGACUCAAAACCCCUGCUCUUUUUUAGAAGUAUUGGAUCUUAGCUAUAGCAGUGAAGUAACAAACAGCGCCCUCGGAAGAUUCAUAACAAACUGCCCUUCGUUGCGAUAUCUGAGAGUCUACCAUUGUCAAAUGCUUACGUCAGCGUUAAUGAGUCUCAUUCCCAGUGACUCGCAGGUAUUCGUCGUCGCAAACUUUUUCUCGCUGCAGCGAGGGGGGCUAGUGACGAGCGCUACCUCGGAGGGCCCGUGGACAGUUUGGUCAGCGCCAAUGAGCUAUUCUCGAACGAUGAGUUUAGAUCAAAGUUUACAAGAGGACUAA